AUCUAUGUAUAGAAUGCUUGUUCCGAGCUAGGCCGACUAUUUCCGGUGUACACAUGUCCAUAUUGACGUGCGUGUUGUCUGAUGCAACGUUAGAAAAUUUAAGUUAUUUUUUGUCAACUCUGUUGUCAUGACUGAUGUUGCUGAAAAAGUUGCAGAAAUGAGUUUGGGUGCAUUGUAUACAUCAGAAGCAAGAGGAUCUGAUGAGUCAGGAGAUGGCACAGAAGGCAAACCAUUUAAAACAGUUAUUCAGGCCAUGAGGCAUGCAGGCCAGGAGCCAUUCCCAACUAUCUAUGUAGACGGAGCAGAUGGCCAGAAUUUUGAGCCUGCUGCUAAAUCCCAGUUGAAAAAGCAGCAAAAGAUUUGGCAGAGAGAAGCUAGCAAAGCUGCCGAUAAAGCCAAAAAAGAUGCAGAAGAUUCUGAAAGACGUGAGAAAAACCUGGAAGAAGCCAGAAAGAUUGUGUUGACCCAGGAUGCAAGCCUGCCUGCUGCAAAACUAAUAAAGAUCCGGGAAUCCGGUUCCAACCGCAAUAUACGUGUGAAGUUGUAUGGCUGGGUUCAUCGACUGAGGCGCCAGGGAAAGAAUCUCAUGUUUGUGGUCCUUAGAGAUGGCACUGGAUUCCUGCAGUGUGUCUUCACUGACCUGCUUUGCCAAUCUUAUGAUGCUUUGACAUUAGCCACUGAAGCUUCUAUCUGCAUAUAUGGUGUCAUCAAAGAGCUGCCUCAAGGAAAAACGGCUCCUGGUGACCAUGAGAUGAGCGUAGACUACUGGGAGCUUGUGGGCCCCUCGCCACCAGGUGGGGCAGACAACCUGCUCAACGAGAGUGCCCAUGUGGAUGUGCAGCUCGACAACAGGCACAUCAUGAUCCGCGGAGAAAACACGUCCAAAAUAUUGAAGAUGCGCUCAGUGGUGAUGCAGGCCUUCAGAGAACACUAUUUUGCUAAUGGCUAUUUUGAAGUUACUCCACCCACACUUGUGCAAACGCAGGUCGAAGGCGGUUCAACCCUAUUUAAAUUCAACUACUUUGGACAAGAGGCGUAUUUGACCCAGUCCUCACAGCUGUACUUGGAAACUGCCCUACCGGCUAUGGGAGAUGUGUUCUGUAUUGCAAGUUCUUACCGGGCGGAAAAUUCGCGCACCAGAAGACAUUUAGCAGAAUAUACCCACGUUGAAGCGGAAUGCCCCUUCAUCAAGUUUGAAGAUCUGCUGUGCAGGCUGGAAGAUCUAGUAUGCGAUGUUGUGGAUAGAAUCCUGAAGUCCCCUUUUGCAGAAAUAGUGUAUGAACUCAACCCUGACUUUGUAGCCCCAAAGAAGCCAUUUAGAAGGAUGGCAUACACUGAAGCCCUCGUGUACCUGAAAGAGAACAACAUAACCAAGGAUGACGGAUCAUUUUAUGAGUUUGGAGAUGAUAUCCCAGAGGCCCCUGAACGCAAGAUGACAGACCAAAUUAACGAACCAAUAUUCCUGUGCAAGUUUCCAGCAGAAAUUAAAUCCUUUUACAUGCCCAGAUGCAAAGAUGACAAACGUUUGACAGAAUCGGUUGACCUGCUGAUGCCCAAUGUGGGAGAGAUCAUCGGGGGCUCCAUGAGGAUAUGGGACUAUGAGGAGCUCCUGGCAGGGUUCCAACGGGAGAAGAUUGACCCCACUAACUACUACUGGUACACCGACCAGAGGAAGUAUGGCACGUGCGAGCAUGGCGGGUACGGUCUGGGGCUGGAGAGGUUCAUGUGUUGGAUCCUGAACCGAUACCACAUCCGGGAGGUGUGUCUCUACCCGAGGUUCAUAGAGAGGUGCAGGCCAUAAACAGAUUAGAGGCAUGUUUCUGCUGCCAAGCUGAGGUGGUUACCAUGCGUACCAUGGUCUUCUUGAUAUAGUGAUUCGUGUUUUUAUUGAACAAAAGACCAGUGUCCCAUAAUUUUCUGUAUACACAUUGUAUUUUCAGAUAUGUUUUUUCGUUUGUUUGGUGAGAUUGCUAAUACUUUUUUCUUAGCUUAAGUAACUGUGCAUACAAGUACAAAUUAUUGAUGCAGCAUUUAAAUUUUAAUUUAAUCACCUAUAGAUUUUUUGCAUGUUUCUAAUUCAGACAAAUAAACCACCUACAAAUGCAAUAAUUAUAUUUUUUUCUUAUAUUGUAUUUAGUGUGCUUUCUUUAAUUUAUUAUGUUAUAAUUAUGAAUGAGAUGAAAAUUAUGUAUUUUAUUAAUGUCUGUGUUUUUGUUAUUCAGCAAAAGUGCUAUGAAAACAACAGUAAGCUGUUUUGAUUGUAUACAUUAUAAACUGUCUAUUCCAUAGAUGUCAACGAUAGUAAGUUCAUGGAACAAUAACUUAAAUGAAAAAGAUUUGAGAUAUUGUGAAUUGAAUGAAAUGCCCUUGGUAAGGUGUAGGUUAACCUGACUCCUGUUUUGUGCACGUCACUGCUGUGGCUCCAUUGAUAUUUAUCAUGUUGUAACUAGGAUGGACAAUUGUAUUUACCAUUGAUGACAAUUUUAAAAAAAAGUUUAUAUCAAGUGGAUUGAGUCUGUUUAGAAGUGUUAAUUAAUAUAAGAGAGUUUGUCAAAAAUGUUCGCUUACGUCACAGGGGCAAUCAAUAAGUUAACAAAAUAGCUUCAACAAAUAUAGUGGGCGCGUGCAUGUUUUAAAUAAAACCAUUUUCUUAAAACUUUUAAUCCAUAAUGUAAACCUUUUUCAAUCGCUAUUGUAAAUCAUUUUUAUUGCAUAUUUCUACAUUAAACAUCUUUUUGAAAGAGAUUACUCCUUUGAUGGUUUUUGGUUGACAGUCUCCCUAAAUAUCUUUCAGGAAGUUAAAUAAAAUUUAUUGGGAUACUCUGUUAAAUAAUAUUUCAUACAUCAGAAAACAUUACAGAUAUAUGCUUACAUUUAUUUAUGUUCUAACGUAACAUUGUGUUGUGGGCUUCUAAUAAAUACACUCUUCUGUU